UCAUUCUUUUUGGAUCACCCAGUAUAUACUUCCAUAAACUUCCACGUGGUCGGGUUGGAUAAUUUAUACAUACUGUAUAUAGUUAUGUGUGAGUUUAAAACUCUACACAGAUUGAAGCGUACGAUCAAAUCAUUGCACAAACUGAUAAAGUCGGAUUAAUAACGACGGCAUACAAUAAUACUGCAAUACACUAGCUGUACUUAAAUUUAAGCGUAGCCACUUUUUAGUUAUAUCAUGUGUGGUUUGUGGGCUUUAUUUGGGUUUGAGUCGAAUUCGCUCAGCUGUAUAUGUGACAAUUUUUCAAAAAUAUCACAUAGAGGGCCGGAUGCAUUUAAAAUUGAGCACGAUAAUCGCAUCAAGAAUGCCUAUCUUGGCUUCCACAGAUUAUCAAUUGUUGAUAGUCUCUGUGGUAUGCAACCAAUAAGACAUUACAAAUACCCCCUUUUAUAUUUACUUUGCAAUGGUGAAAUAUAUAAUUGCAAUAAUUUAAAGGAAAUUCAUGGCUUUGAAUGCUCAACCAAAUGUGACAUAGAAGUAUUGAUGCACCUUUAUGCUACAAAGGGCAUUAAUGAUGUUUGCAAAAAUUUAGACGGAGUCUUUGCAUUUUGCUUGUUAGAUGCUGAAAAGAAAAAAAUUUUACUUGGUAGAGAUCCAUAUGGAAUCAGACCACUUUUUAAGAUUUUAACUGCCAACGGACAAUUGGCUAUUUCAUCUGAAAGUAAAGCUUUAGUAGGCAUUGCAAAAUUAUUAUCCGGAGAUCAUGUAGUAGAACCAUUUACUCCAGGUACAUUUGAAGAAUAUGAUAUUUUAGAAAAUGGAUUGGUUAAAUUUGUAAGACAAGAACAAUAUCAUGAACCAGGACAGAAGCCUAGUUUUAAUACUUACGUACCUUGGAAUGAUUUGAGUUCAACAGAUAUUCAGGAGAAUAUCAAAAUAUUAUUCUCAGCCGCUAUAGAGAAGCGUCUGAUGGCUGAGAGAAGAAUAGGUUGCUUAUUAUCGGGUGGAUUAGAUUCUAGUUUGGUUGCUUCUAUUCUUGUAAAGCAAGCAAAGAAACAUAAUUUAUCAUAUAAAAUCCAAAGUUUUUCAAUCGGAAUGGAAGAUAGUCCAGAUAUAAUGGCAGCGAGACAGGUCGCUAAUCAUAUUGGUACCGAGCAUCAUGAAAUAAUUAUUACAGAAAAAGAUAUAGUAGAGGUCCUCGAUAAAGUAAUUUAUUAUCUCGAAACCUUUGACAUAACGACAAUUCGGGCUUCCGUUGGCAUGUAUUUGAUAGCCAGAUACAUUAAAACGAAUACCGAUACUACUGUGAUUUUUAGCGGCGAAGGUGCCGAUGAAUUGGCACAAGGGUACAUUUAUUUUAAAGAUGCGCCAAAUGCAUUCGAUGGCCAUAAGGAAUCUCUAAGACUAUUGAAAGAUAUAUAUCUCUACGAUGGUCUACGCGCAGAUAGAAUGACUAGUGCAUUUGGUUUGGAAUUAAGAGUACCAUUUUUAGAUCUACAGUUUACUAAUUACUAUCUAUCUCUAGAUCCAUUUUUACGACAACCACAAAAUGGUGUAGAAAAAUAUUUGCUUAGAUCGGCGUUCGAUGGAAGUGAUUUGCUGCCAAAUAAUAUCUUGUGGAGAAGCAAGGAAGCUUUUAGCGAUGGUGUAACAUCUAUUAAAAAAUCUCUUUUUCAAAUUCUCAACGAAAUUAUUGAAGAUAAAGUGCAGGAUGACGAUUUAAAAGCGGCAUGUGAAAUUUAUCCUCACUGCACACCAAAAACAAAAGAAGCUUACUAUUACAGAAAAGCUUUUGAAUCUCAUUAUCAUGGUUGCGGAGAGAGUUUAAUCCCUUAUUACUGGAUGCCGCAAUGGGUAAAAGGCGUCACAGAUCCAUCUGCUCGAUUUAUCUCUCAUUAUAAAAAUACUGUAUGAUUAAAAAUG